UCCAAUCCCCCUCCAUAUCAUGUGAUUCAGGUGUUCCAAUCCCCUCCCUAUCAUGUGAUUCAGGUGUUCCAAUCCCCUCCAUGGACACAGGUGUGUAUACAAUCAAGCCCCCUAGGCAUGCAGACGGCUUCUACAAACAUUGGUGAAAGAAUGGGUCGCUCUCAGGAGCUCAGUGACUCCAAGCGUGGUCCCGUGAUAGGUGGCCACCUGGGCAAUAAGUCCAUCCAUGACAUUUCCUGGCUACUAAAUAUAUUCCACGCACAAACUGUUAGUGGGAUUAUAACAAAGUGGAAGCAACUGGGAAAAAACAGCCACUCAGCC